ACAGGGCAUAUCCGGCGCUUUUCAAGGGCAUAUCGCGAUUUCUUGGUGCAGUAGUUACCUACAAUCACGUGUGACUUUUAGUUUGAGUGUCUUGUGCUUACAAAAGCCAAUUUACUGUACUAGAUUGAAUAAGAUGGAUGGCUUUGGUUCCGAUUUUAACUCGACCACCGGGUCUGGUAAAAUGGACACUGGGACAAUAAUGGAACAAGUCAAAGUACAGAUAGCCGUGGCGAAUGCACAAGAGCUCUUACAGAGAAUGACCGAUAAAUGUUUCAAGAAGUGCAUUGGCAAGCCGGGGAGCACACUGGAUAAUUCCGAACAGAAAUGCAUCGCCAUGUGCAUGGAUCGAUACAUGGAUGCUUGGAACACCGUAUCCCGAGCGUACAACUCCCGACUGCAGAGGGAAAGGGCGCGGAUCUAACCAUCACAUCGACCCAGUACUGGCACAGUCCUGUUGAAAUCUUAUAGCAAAGACGCUUCACUGAGGGUGCAAAAUCAAACCUGGCCGUAUCGCCCACAAACCCUCCAAGCCAACUUCCACGCAGAUAUCCACCAGUACAUUGCGUCUGUAGCUGUGGACACUCUCUGCAGACGUUGUCUUUUCACGAGGUUUCUUUUGCUCCUUGAUAUUAUUUUCAAUUCCGAAAACGGGACACUAGCUGUAAACUGGAUUAAUGUGGAGUUUAAGGGACUACAAUACAGCACUGUUAUAUAAUGAAAUAUUGUGUAACACCCCUCUGGACUUGUUAGCUCAUUGUCACCAUUGUCUGAAUGGCAUGUCCUUUAGUACAUGCUCUUUUGCAAGUCUCAGGUUGUCUGUUGAGAAAACACUGGCACCCUUUGGGGUGAUGUGCAGGAGGGAUGAAAUGGCUUAUUAUACCGUUUUUAUUGUAUAAACAGUCUCAUUCAUGUGGAUAUUUCAGGCUCAACUUUGUUUUGGUACAUGUGACACCCAGUGCCCUGUCCUGCAAACAUUCCUAUAUCAGGAUACACACCAGGGACAAAACAUUUUUACCGCAGUCAUUGCUUUCAUUUGUCAGUCUGCCUGCAAGCCGCAAUGGUGAGCCGGUUUUCCCGUUGUCCUCUGUGGUUAAAGGCGUUGGCCUUGAGCCAGCUUGCCUUGUGUGCUUGGUAUAUCAGUGUUCUGGGAACGUCUUCCCUCGGAACACAUUUCACUCAGUUGACAUAUAGAGGGAAGAUGGCACCAGUGAAGGAAAGGUGCCUGGCAGAUAGGGGGGUUUAGUUUUCACUCUGUGGGUGCAAACAUCUUUUAACUGUAAACUGAUUAAAACCCUGUAUUCCAUA